CCACUGAAGCCCAGGCCCUGUCUCUCACGUCCGUCUGUUUUCGGCCUUGUCAAUAAAGUUGCAGCGAUUUGACGUUUACGGCGGACAAAAUGGCGGCUUCCAUGCUGGGUUCGCUGCUACGCACCGUCCGGCAGAUGGUUCCUUCAUCAACUUCAGGUCAAGCUCGAGGUUACUACGUAGACUGGAAAAUGUUGCGUGAUUUGAAGAGACGAAAAAUGGCCUAUGAAUAUGCAGAUGAAAGGCUACGGAUCAAUUCACUCAGGAAGAAUACCAUUUUGCCAAAACACCUUCAGGAAGUGGCUGAUGAAGAAAUUGCUGCCCUGCCUCGGGAUAGCUGUCCUGUUAGGAUCAGAAAUCGCUGUGUUAUAACAUCCCGUCCACGUGGUGUAAAGCGGCGCUGGAGGCUUAGUCGUAUCGUCUUCCGCCACUUAGCUGACCAUGGGCAAGUUUCUGGAGUCCAGCGAGCAACGUGGUGAAUCAGCUCCAGAAUCUACUGAGUUUGCAGGGAAGCUGUUUCUAUCAAGAAGAGACUCUUCUGAUAGGCAAAAACCUAGUUUUUUUAGGGGUCCAGUGUAGGAGUCCUGAUGCUGUCUGUAAUAAUUACUUAGAAAAUUUAAAUGAAGAAAUUUGGAUGUUCCAUUCUGUCAGUGAAAUGUGGCUGUCAGUGAAUUACUUUUUCUCUUGGACUUAAUAGAUUAAAAAUAAUGUUGCAAUACACGGUGCAAAGAGUUGUUGUUAGGUGCUGUUGAGUCGAUUCCAACUCGUAGCGACCCUAUUUACGACAGAACGAGACACUGGCUGGUCCUGCGCCAUCUCCAUGAUCGUUGCUAUGCUUGAGCCCAUUGUUGCAGCCACUGUGUCAGUCCAUCUUGUUGAGAGUCUUCCUCUCUUUUGCUGACCCUUUACCAAGCUUGAUGUCCUUCUCCAGGGACUGGUCCCUCCUGAUAACAUGUCCGAAGUAUGUGAGACAAAGUCUUGCUGCCCUCACUUCUAGGAAGCAUUCUGGCUGUACUUCUUCCAAGACAGAUUUGUUUGUUCUUUUGGCAGUCUGUGGUAUGUAUGUUCAGCAUUCUUUGCCAGCGCUACAACUCAAAGGCAUCAGUUCGUCUUCGGUCUUCCUUUUUCAUUGUCCAGUGUUCUCAUGUAUGUGAGGCAAAUGAAAACAA